CCUCUUGCUGUUUCUGCAUGCAGGAACCAUGGUCAGUAAGGACACCGGCAAAUGCAUACUCGCAGCGUCGGAGAGCGAAGUGGAACCCGCCGCCUGCCUGGCCCUGGAGAUGAAAUACGCCCUGGAUCCCAAUCGGCAGAUUAAAAAACGGAACAAAGCCCUGCAGGUGCGGUUUAAGGACAUCUGCGAGGCACAGAAUGAGCAGAGGGACACACAGCUCUCCUCGGGACAGCCAGGGGAGAAACGUGAGGUCAAGGCCGUGUCCUACAGGGCGGCCUACCGCAAAUACAUGACGGUGCCCGCGCGCAGGUCUAUCCCCAACGUCACGAAGAGCACAGGCGUGCAGACCUCGCCGGACCUUAAAAAGUGUUACCAGACGUUCCCCUUGGACCGCAAAAAGGGGAGCCUCAAAAGCCUGCCAGCUGCAGAUCCCUUUAAAAGCCAAAACAAUGGGUUUCUAGCAGACGCUAAAGAAAAGGGCCAGAGUGGACCCAUGGGGGAGGCUCGGCCUUGUGGUGCAGGGCGGGUACACAAGACCACAGCCUUGGUUUUCCACUCCAACGAACACAUGGACGUGGUGGACCAGCCCUCCGGGGUCAACUGUGCAGGGCCGUGUCAAAGCCCCGACCUGCUGGGCUAUGGAGAAGCUGCCCUCCAAAAUUCCACUCGGCCUCCCUCCGAAGAGCCUGAUGACCAGCUGCCGGGGAGGGCCAAGCAGGACCAGGGAACACCGGACUCCGAGGACCCCGCUCCGCCUGCCCUGGGGAGGGUGUUUAAAACGGAGCUUGCCACCGUGUAUGCACCUGCCCCAGGUGCCAGGGCCCCCGAGCCUGGCUUGUCCACCUCUGCCGCCGCCAGCCAGUGGUCCCUCUGCCCAGUGGACGAGCAGCAACGGAGGAGAGCUGUGCAUCUCAAUGGACUCCAGGCCCCCCCGGGCGCCUCCCUGGCCUGCUCGCCCCCGAUGCAGUGCCUGUUCCCCGAAUGUAGUGAGCAGCCUCUGCAGACUCCAGCCCCGCCGGGCCUGGGAAACCAGCCCAGUCCCGCCACAGUGGCUGCGGGUGAAGAAUGCCAGCAAAUUGUGCCUCACACGCCUCACACGGAAGUGGUCGACCUCAAAGCACAGCUUCAGGUGAUGGAGAACUUGAUCAGUUCAAGCCAAGAAACCAUCAAAGUGCUCUUGGGGGUCAUUCAGGAGCUGGAAAAAGGAGAGGCCCACCGGGAGGGGCUUUCAUAUCGGACGGGGCAAGACACAGCUAAUUGUGACACAUGCAGGAACAGUGCAUGUAUUAUCUAUAGCGUGGAGCUGGAUUUUAAGCAGCAAGAAGACAAACUCCAGCCGGUUCUGAGAAAACUCCAUCCCAUUGAGGAAACUCAGGUUGCACCUUCGCCUUACUCUCAAGAGUCUCCUUACUCCUCAACUCCCAAGCAAAAAUCCAAAACGGAAUCUAAAAAGCAUGGAAGAUGGAAACUCUGGUUCCUUUAAAACUCAUGGCGUUUGGAGUCUGAAGGCCGUCUUUAAAAUCCACUGGAGUUAAGUCAAUCCUUUUCCAAAAUGAAUAGGAUCAAGGGAACUGUGGUGCCGGUUCGGGCAUCACCCACUUCUCGCCCUGCGUACCAAAAAGGCCUUUGUACCAACAGAUAAUUAACAGAAGCAAGGUAUUCAGUGUCACUCCUUGCCAACCGUUCUUUGCAGUUCACUGAUGUGGGAUGUAAAAUCUGAAAUGAAACUUACGUAGUCAAAGAUGAUAAGUAAAAAUUCUUUCCCCCACCCCCGAUCUGCAAGUAAUAUGUUAUGAACCUGCAGAAUAGCAGGCUGUCACUCUGUACACAGCUAAAACUCAUAAUUAUUUUCAAGCCUUUAUUUUUUUCUAAUAAUGAGAAGAAAAAGCAAGCCUUAUGUUUGCAAAGAACUUCAUUUUUAUGUUUCAUUUUGCAAAUAAAAAGCAGGGGACGAGUGCAAUUUUCAGCACAUCAAAUUCCGGAGAAAGCACAAUUUUUUCAAGUGGUCGGAGACCAUGAAUAAUCUCUAAAAUGUGACUAUAUGUAUAUUUGCCUUCAUGUGCUGUAGCGCUAAGCCAAGUGACCACAUCUCAGUGUCACAUUGACACCUCAAAUUCAGCAUCCUCUUCAUCUCCAGACUUAAGACAUGUUUACUGCUCAUUUUCCAAAUGGCCGGCAGCCAGGAGUCCCCUAAAGUCAGGAUAUGCCUUUAAUCACUGCAAGUUGACAGGGUCAGAGCUAUUGGACACUAAGCUUUCUUAGAGCUCGUUUUUAAUCUUUUGGUACCCAAAGGCCAAAUGAUAAAUUCUGGCAAGAAUUUGAAAACACACAUAGAGAUACACAAUGGCUAAUACAGUCGCCAAUAAAUCAGAGGCAUGGUGUGCCAUGGCGCAAAGUGUUUCUGUGGAUUGUGGAUCAAUCCUCUGAGACAUUGCUCGGCACUGUAAGCGAGGCCUGAUGUUUUAUGCAAUCCGUUGUGCUUUGUAACGACGGUGGAAGACCUGACCAUCUCAAAGAAACACAGCGUGUUUAGUUUAGCUGCUACCAAUGGACAAACUUGAUGUCGCCUAACACUUAACCUAUACUAAAUGACAUACUUAGGGGAAAGCUGUGAAUCAAAUGUUUUUAGGUAUUUUUUAAAUCAACAGUAACACUGAGAGUUCUCUCUUGAUUACACAUUGCAAUGUAAAUCUUCGUUUCUUUAUUUUUUCACUCAUUUCUUUGCACCUUUGCGAGUAUCUUUUUAUAGAAACCAAACCCCUUAACUUAUUAACUUUGUCUAUCAAUUUUUUUGCUUUUCAUAAUAGAAAGUAGGGAUCUUACUUUGCCUUUUUUUGUACAACUUAAAUUUUGAACAGUUUGUGAACAUACAAGAAAACUUAGUCUUGAAGUUUCUGUCCAGUAGUGUCACAUCUAAUGAAGUGUUGACAUGCAAACCUCACUCAUUAGAUGCUGAACACAACGUGGCUAACCUUGGUGAAAGGAUCUCAGCCUGCUUUUUCCAGUUGGAGCUACUUCUUGCAAUGCAUUUUCGUCCCGACUCAACAGAAAAUCUAUUUUAGUUCUAAGUGUUUGGAUUCUACAGAGACCUAGUGAUCAGUAAUCAAACUGGGACUUGAAAGAAAUAAAGAGUAUAUU